AUGAGCGAGGAUUUCCUUCCGUUUGGUCCACCAUGGCCACCAAACGAGACAAGAGACAGGGGGGAAAGCCCACCGAAGCCAAAGGAUAAGGCGGACCGAGGAAACGUGGUCCCUGGAAUCUCGCCCAUGCAGAGUAUGAUCAAGAUGAUAGCUGCAGGCGACUACAUUCCGUUUUCUCCAGACAGCCCUGUAGCAACUAGACAGCAGCAGGAAGUUUUCCCGCAAGGGCCACGACGUUCCUCUGUCGUCCCCUUAAACCUGAGAACUCGAAUAGGGAAUCAGAGCCCUUUCGGGUUUGAUCGGGUAAAUGAUCCGCCGCCAACAGUCGCUGCAGAAGCGCAGGCGGAGACAUACCAGGCAGUGGAGGAGGUGUCGAUCCCAAACCUUGGUGCUGAACGUCCGCAAACUAAAGCAGACUCGACACUAUGGAACCCGGUCUUAUUGGGGGCCAGAGAUGAGCGAAAGGAUGGAAAUCGAGUAUGGCCGGCAAGAAAAGGAGGGAUCUACUGCGAUACGUGCUUUCGUGACGAGUGCAUCCGGUGGAUUCGAGCUCGGGACAAAGCCCUGAGUGUAUCUCGAUUGCUCGGGGUUGAUGGGGAGCCAGAGGGCAUGAAUCCCAUCGAGUCUGUCAUAUUCCCGGCUCAGAUAAAACACCGCGCAAAAAAGCUGUUUUGUCGCACUCCACCUGACGUUCUCGGUCUCGCUCUACUUCGAUAUUUGGCCCAAACGCGUAUUGAGGCUCUGGGAGAGGACACGCAGGAUGAGGUGACUGGGACACUGGACUCUUUGCGUCAAGACAUUCGUCUGUCGAAAGGCCGGUUAAAGCGACUUGAGAGGCAGUGUCGGACUUUGGUGGAGACUUGUGUGGUUUCCGAAUCCGGCCAAAAGAAGAUCAUUCCAGAAGGCGUUGUGUGGCUGUGGGAGUUUGACGCUAUGUUGCAGGACGUGAAUAAGAGGUCGUCGAAUGAAACACCCCUGGACAUGUCUUUUGCGACAACUUUAACAAACAGAGCCCAUGAGGCAGCGAUCGAUGAAUUGUGGAACAUGGCUGUUGCGCAUAUCAAUGUGAAGGACUCAAUGGUUCAUCGGACGAAGACUGAAUUGCUGAGGUUGAUUGGAACAGCCAUGGCCCAGGCAGCGACGAAGUCUAAACAAGAGAAUCGAGGUAGAGUAGGAGAACCACUCCCAUGUCAAUACUGUGCCCAGUCAGAGUCUGUUAACUCCAGAACCGCUCGGAACUCAAAUGGUCGAGCUGUCAAAGUAAAACCGUGGAUCGAACCACUGGUCUGGUCAGGCGAGAUGAGUGAGGAGACUGCAUCGAGUGCCAGUGCCGAAGAGUUCUUGCGUCUUGUCGAGUCGAGAGGCGCGGUGAUGGCGGAGGUAUCAGGCAUCAAAUUUCUGGUGGACUCGACCGGCGGCAAAAGGCGGAUUGUGCUGGUGGAAAUGGCGAGUGUGCUUGAUGACAUGUGGAAGGAGCGGCAGGAAGACAAGAGAUUUUAG